AUGCCGGUAGCCUUCGACGUGGAGCAUGUCCUAGCAAACAUCAGCGAGCAGGACAAAAUCGCUCUUUUAUCCGGAAUUGAUUUCUGGCACACACAUCCCAUCCCCGAAUUCAAAGUUCCCUCGAUUCGCGCCACCGAUGGUCCCAAUGGUAUCCGGGGCACCAAAUUCUUCGCCGGCAUCCCAGCCGCAUGUCUACCCUGCGGCACAGCUCUGGGCGCCACCUGGGAUCGAGAUCUGGUUUACCAAGCGGGGAGACUACUGGGCGACGAGUGCAUUGCGAAAGGAGCGCAUUGUUGGCUGGGUCCUACAAUCAAUAUGCCGCGAUCUCCUCUCGGUGGCCGUGGAUUUGAAUCGUUUGCUGAAGACCCACAUCUUUCGGGCAUUCUGGCCAAAUCAAUCAUCUUCGGAGCCGAGAGCAAAGGAAUCAUGUCCACUGUGAAGCAUUUCGUGGGCAAUGACCAAGAACACGAACGUCGGGCGGUGGAUGUCCUCGUGACACAGCGAGCUUUGCGUGAGAUCUACCUACGACCUUUCCAGAUUGUCGCGAGAGAUGCGAAGCCGAGCGCGCUUAUGACUUCUUAUAAUAAGAUCAAUGGGAAGCAUGUGGUGGAAGAUACUCGCAUGAUCAAUUUGAUCCGCGAAGAAUGGAAAUGGAAUCCGCUGGUUAUGAGCGACUGGUACGGGACCUAUACAACCAUCGAUUCUAUGAAUGCGGGCCUUGAUCUGGAAAUGCCCGGGCCUUCUAGAUAUCGGGGGAAGUAUAUCGAAUCCGCCUUACAGGCUCGACUGAUCAAACAAUCGACAAUAGAUGCACGAACUCGAAAGGUAUUGGAAUUCGUGAAACAAGCAAGCCAGGUCCAAGUGUCAGGUGUGGAACGAGGUCGGGAUUUCCCAGAGGAUAGAGCAUUAAAUCGAAAAAUUUGCGCGAACAGCAUCGUCCUCCUCAAGAAUGAAGGCAUCUUGCCCCUUCCAAAGAAGAUCAAAAAAAUCGCCCUUAUUGGAUCUCACAUGAAAACUCCCGCAAUAUCGGGUGGCGGCAGUGCGUCUCUUGAACCGUAUUACUCUAUUUCGUUAUACGACGCCUGCAGGGAAGCAAAUCCUGACGCGGACGUGCUUUAUGAAAUAGGCACAUACGCCCACAAGAUGCUCCCUGUAAUAGACCGCCUCCUGAAGAAUGCUGUCAUACAUUUCUAUAACGAGCCGAUGGACAAGGAACGGAAUUUGAUUAGCACUGAGCCUAUAUCAACAACGACCUUCCAGUUCAUGGACUACUAUGCUCCUGGCCUCAACCGAGAGCUAUUCUGGGCCACACUGAUUGGCAACUUCACGCCAGAUGCAUCCGGGAUUUGGGACUUUGGCCUGAGUGUUUUUGGUACGGCGAAUCUCUAUAUUGACGACGAACUUGUGAUCGAUAAUACAACGAACCAGACACGCGGAACGGCAUUCUUCGGGAAAGGCACCGUCGAGGAGCUGGGAUCGAAGAAAUUAGUUGCUGGGACCACAUACAAAAUUCGGAUUGAGUUCGGUUCUGCCAACACUACCACAAUGAAAUCGAUGGGAAUGGUGAAUUUCGGUGGUGGCGCUGCAAAUCUGGGGGCCUGCCUACGGAUGGACCAGGAUCAAAUGCUCGAGAAUGCCGUGGAAGCUGCCACGCAGGCGGACUACACCAUUAUUUGCACUGGACUCAACAAAGACUGGGAAUCUGAAGGGUUCGAUCGAACGCAUAUGGAUCUGCCACCGGGAGUUGACCGGUUGAUCUCGAAGGUGUUGAAAGCCGCCGCAGACAAGACUGUCAUCGUCAAUCAGUCCGGUACACCAGUCACUAUGCCGUGGGUCGAUCAGGCCCGGUGCAUCGUGCAGGCCUGGUAUGGAGGUAACGAGACAGGCCAUGGAAUUGCCGACGUUCUCUUCGGAGAGGUCAAUCCAUGCGCAAAACUGCCCUUGUCCUGGCCGGUGGAUGUGAAACACAAUCCGGCCUACCUGAACUACGCCAGUGUGGGUGGCCGAGUGCUGUAUGGCGAGGACAUCUAUGGGGGCUAUCGAUUUUACGAGAAGACUAGACGAGAAGUCCUCUUUCCAUUCGGUCACGGCCUAUCAUACACGACCUUCGAAUUCUCAUCGACUGUUACCGUUGCCCCAGAGAUCUUCAACAUGGACCGUCCUCCGGUCGUCACCGUACAGAUCAAAAACACAGGUAAAGUGGCGGGCGCACAAAUUCUUCAGCUGUACAUAUCUGCCCCUGAAUCCGAAACCCCGCGUCCAAACAAGGAAUUGCACGGAUUUGAAAAGGUAUUCCUCCAGCCCGGGGAGGAAAAAUCGGUUGAGAUACCGCUUGACCGAUAUGCGACAAGCUUUUGGGAUGAGAUCGAGGAGAUGUGGAAAAGCGAGAAAGGGACAUAUGAAGUGUUAAUAGGAACCUCCAGCCUAGAAGUGGUGGCCUGGGGAAAAUUCCAAAGGAAUCUCCAGCAGGAAGAAUGGAAGCCUCGUCGACUGCGCAACCUCGCAAGCAUACUCGCGUGCUUAACGCAUGCAAUGCCUGUCGUCUCAGCAAGACUCGAUGCGAUUCGGCACGGCCAGGGCCUCCCCUUUUUUUCGCAGCAGGCGUCGCCAUCCCCAGUGGACGAAAUAGAUACAGAGUCAAUCUCGCGCAAUGAUGCGCCCAAGACGCCUAUCACUGGAUCGGAUAUGAUUCUCAGCUGGCCUAUUUUUCCGGGAGAGAAGCCGGCGUCAACUUUCCCGAUGACAGCGUAUUCCGAGAAGCCAGAUCGCUUUCAGGCGGCUCUACCAAGCCUAGAUCCACAAAGACUGCUCGAAUUGAGAGAGAUCUUUAUGACCAAGAUCUGGACCAAGAACCCGAUCGUUGACCCGGGCCAGCUGGACUUUUAUAUUGCUCGGGUGCUAGAAAAUGGUAUUGAGUGGUCCGCCUCGUCGUGCUUGGUGUUACUUAUUUUUGCGCUUGCGGCCAUUUGGGGGAAUUAUCCAGACGACGAAACCCGUGAGAUCUCUUACAAUGAACGAUCCUUCGGCCCACCGGUCACGUACAUGACCAUGUCGGUUCCGGAGCACCGAAUGAAGGAAUCAUUAGCUUUCCUCUCCAUGGCGCGUAAGCGCAUUUCCACUGCGUAUCUUGAUGAUACCUUACUUGGAGUACAGUGUCUCUGCUUAUUUGGAAUUUGGUAUCAGUAUAAUAUCGAACCGAUCCCGGGCUGGAAAAUGUUCCGGACAGCAUCCAUGCUAUGGCAAACGUAUCGUUUGAAGCAUCGCGAAGGAAAGACGAUCAGAAGUGCACAGGAAGAGAGUCUGGAGCAGCGACUCUACUGGACAUGCUUAAAAUCUGAAUGUGAGGUUCGAUAUGAACUGACGGAUCUUCCACCAUGCGACCUCAGUCUCUCCGACUUUCCUUAUUCUCUCCCAAGCUUUCCCACGAGGCAGCUAUCUAACGACAACGCUGGUUGGACGUUGUCCAACCCAUCGUCUACAGACCUCGAAGCAGCAUCUUCCUACUAUUAUCUGGCUGAGAUCUUCUUGCGCAGGCUUCUCAAUCGGGCCCGCAAUGCGGUUCGCGUGCUUUCCCCAGAUAUCGAUCUGCCGACCAUCAAGAUUCUAGUAGAAACUCUGACACAGUUGGAAGGUCAACUCCAGCAGUGGGUAGACUGCCUCCCACAUACACUACGGUUUAAUAUGCCUCUCGAAUCUGCCGUCAGGUCAAAGGAAGGUGAGCUCAUGAAGCUAAGUCGUGAGCGAUACGUCGAGGUACGGGAAUUGCUUUGUCGGGCGUAUCUAUACCUGUGCAUCCAUGUGCCACUUCAGCAGGGGAUGGCGGCACUGUAUGGGGUGAAAGCGAGCGAGGCGCUACUUUUGGCAGUAUAUCGUAUUCAGACUGAGGUACCAUUCUUUCGGCAUCCGGGGUCAUGGGGAGCAUGUCGAGUCCGGUUCAACCAUGCGCUUUGUCUGAUUGCGGGAUUCCGCGCAAAGUUGACGCAGCGCCCCUCGGCUGAAUAUGUGAACAUUCCUCCAGACUGGGCGGACUGUGUGCGGGUGGUGAUUGAGCGGUUGAAGAUAUGGGGCGAGGAGGGCGGCGGGAUUAAGGAAUUAGGUAUGCUGUUGGAGUGGCUGAUGCAUGACAGUUUGGAAUUGUAG